AUGCGUGUUAUCUUUGAAGAAGAUGAUCCCAAAAACUUCACAGUUCUGAAGGCAACCUCCGCUGAGUUCCCUGCUCUUAAUGGUCAGAGUGUUUCAUAUGCAGUUCUUGAAUUUCCUUCUGGCACUACUAACCCACCUCACACUCAUCCUCGCUCUGCUGAGCUCCUCUUCCUUGUUGGCGGUUCCCUUGAAGUUGGCUUUGUCGACACAAAAAACAACCUCUUUACUCAGACUCUUCAGGUAGGUGACCUGUUUGUUUUUCCCAAGGGACUCGUGCACUUCCAAUACAAUGCUGACUCAGACAACCCAGCUAUAGCAAUUUCUGCUUUUGGAAGUGCAAGUGCAGGAACUGUGUCAAUUCCUUCCACUUUGUUCGUGUAA